GGGACCGAGCCGGACGAGCUGCUAUUUAAGCAGCCCCGCGUGCAGCGCGCGUGUCUGCCCAUCUAAGCGCCGGCUCCCCAGGUGUUGGAUCUGCCCCAGCGCGCGCAGCGGGAGCCAUGGCCGGGGAGAGCGCGCGGAGCUUGGGGAAAGGAAGCCCUGCUCCAGGCCCUGUCCCAGAGGGUUUAAUCCGCCUCUACAGCAUGCGCUUCUGUCCCUUUGCAGAGAGAACGCGUCUUGUCUUGAAGGCCAAAGGAAUUAAGCAUGAAACAGUCAACGUCAACCUGAAAAACAAACCCGACUGGCUCUUUGAGAAGAAUCCCUUUGGCUUGGUGCCUAUUCUGGAGACCAGCAAGGGUCAGCUGAUCUAUGAGUCUCCAGUCACAUGCGAGUAUUUGGACGAAGCCUAUCCCGGGAAGAAGCUGCUCCCUGCUGACCCUUAUGAGCGAGCGUGUCAAAGGAUGCUCUUGGAAAGAUUCUCCAAGUUGUCACCUCUAGCCUUCAAAUAUCUCCUUGCCGUUAAAAGUGGGGAGGACAGCUCAGCGUUGAAAGCAGAGUUCAUUGAGAAGAUUGGCGAAUUUGAGCAGAUUUUAGCCGGUCGCAAGACACUGUUCUUUGGUGGGGACUCUGUGUCCAUGAUUGACUACAUGAUCUGGCCUUGGUUUGAACGCCUGGAAUUCUUCCAGUUGCCUGAUGGUCUGCAGCAUGCCCCCAAGCUCAGGCGCUGGGUGGAAGCCAUGAAGAACGAUCCUGCCGUCAAGGCUACGGUGACUGACUCUCAAACGCUGCAAGGCUUUUUUGAGCUGUAUGUCAAGAACAGUCCGGAGGCGUGCGACUAUGGGCUGUGAGCUUAAGUGGGCCUCCGCCUGUGGCAGCUAUUUCUUCUGGGUACCUGCAGUGCAUGUGCUGUGUUCGGCUGGGAUUGGGCAGUUCUGUUUGCAUUUUAAAAAGGGACUAAAUCAUAGGAAAGGAUGAGAAACUUCCUGAAGGGUUUGGGGGGGGGGGGGGGGCCUCUGACAGAAGGUCACUAGCAGUUUUGUAUCGAGGCCAAUGAGCCCUGAAGAUUUAACCCUUCAUCUGUCUUCCUUGUAUAGAGCAAUGUCUGGCUGCUGUAUGGUUUGAUUUUUGUGAUUCUGGUACUUGAACAGUAAAGGCAGAAUUAUUGCUUUAAACCUGC